AUGUUUCUCCCUUUUGCCUGGGUCCUGCUGGGGCUGCUGUGGCUGGCCGGCGCCAUGAACGGAGCCCAGGAGGUGGAGGUGGGGCGUGACGCCCACCUGCCCUGCGCCUACGCCCCCGGGCAGCCCGAGCGCCUGGUGCCCAUGUGCUGGGGCCGGGGCGCCUGCCCGCUGCGGGGCUGCCCUGGGAGGCUGCUGAGGACGGAUGGGAGGAGCGUGCAGGAGCAGGCCGACGCCAGGUACCAGCUGCGGGGCACCCUCCUCCGAGGAGACGUGUCGCUGACCAUCGAAAGGGCGGGGCUGGGCGACAGUGGCCCCUACUGCUGCCGCAUCCUGUUCCCGGGCCCCAUGAACGACCAGAAGGUCACUGUGACACUGACCGUCAGGCCAGCUGAGGCCGUCCUCACCACCACUGUGAACAGAGGCUUCACCAUCCCGUGGGCACCCAGCGCAGAGGGACAAAGCCCAGGGACAGAGACGCUGGAGCUGCCCCGUGACAGAAAUGGGUCGUUUGGGGCCACGGUGGCCAGUGAACCGCCACCGGACGCUGGCGUCCCCCUUAGGACGGGCCUUUACAUCUGGGCCGGGGUCUCGGCAGGCUUCCUGCUCAUCUGCAGUGCUGUCAUCCUCAUAGCAAAGAGGCUGGAUGUCUACCGGAAGGCAGAUGUUUGGGUUGUGACCAGGCUCAUCACAUUAACAGAAGAGCCCCCGAUAGGGCUGGCCAAAAGAGCCGUAGGAGAGGAGAACAUCUACACCAUCGAGGAGAAUGUGUACGAGAUAGAGGACCCCGACGAAAAUUACAGCUCCAUCGCGCCCCAGCCGCUGGACUGA